AGACCGGUUGUUGGGAAGUCAGAUUGCAGCUUCCUGUGAUUGUCUCAUUCUCUCUGGCCUUCAAUUUCGCUUCUUAAACUUACAAUUAUCUCUCUAAUCAGUCCCUCCCUUUCCCAAUCCGUAUCAAAUUCCAACUCCUCCUUUCCUUCUGUUUUCCGUCUAUUGCAAGUUAUCCUUACUUGUUCCAUCAAACUUUUAUUUUCAAUUUUUUAUUUUAUCUAAUAGCGGGUGCUUAAAAAACAGACUCCUAAAUUAUAGUAAUUAAAAAUAAAUCAUGGUCUGAUUUCUUCGAUUGAAAAAAAAAAUUAUAGUACUGGAAUUUUCAAAUGGCGAACACCGUCGACGAUGACGCCGAUGCGGUGUUGAGCGAUGUGGAAGGGGAAGAUCCGGUGGAGAUUGUAAUAAAAAGUCCGAGUCAAGAAGAUAUUUCGGUUGAGAAAUUCCGUGAGCUCCUCGAUCGCGAGCGAGCGGCACGGGAGGCAGCCGAGACUUCGAAAUCGGAACUGCAAGUGUCAUUUAAUCGAUUAAAAGCUCUCGCGCACGAAGCAUUAAAAAAGCGAGACGAGUGCUCGAGGCAGAGAGACGAAGCGCUGAGAGAGAAAGAAGAGGCGUUGAAAGCUAACGAGAAAUUAUCGAAUGAAUUGAUUCAAGUGAACGGAUCAAAAGAGGAGAUUGAGAAGAAAUUCGAUGAUUUGCAAUCGCAGAUUGAGAAUUCGAGGCAUAUGUUAGUUAGUGGAAUUGAUAAGAUAUCAGGGAAAUUUAGUAAUUUCAAGAAUUUCGCAGCGGCAGGAUUGCCUAGGUCGCAGAAAUACAAUGGAUUGCAGGCGGUUGCGUUUGGAGUUAUUAAGAGGACGAAUGAGAUUGUCGAGGAGCUUGUUAGGCAGAUUGAUGUCACUGCAAAAUCUAGAAAUGAUGCUAGAGAACAAAUAGAGCAGAGGAAUUACGAGAUUGCCAUUGAGGUUUCUCAGCUUGAGGCUACAAUUAGUGGAUUGAGAGAUGAAGUUGCCAAGAAAACGACGUUGGUUGAGGAUUUAGAGAAGAGUGUGGUCGAGAAAGAGGGGAAAGUAUCGGAGAUUGAGAGAGAGAUGUUGGAGAGGAAGCAUUUGGUGGAGAAGGAAGCAUCGGGGUUGAGGGACUUGGUUGGUGAGUAUGAUGAUAAGUUGAGAAAUUUGGAGUCGAAGAUGGAAUCACAUAGACUUUUGUUGUUUGAUCAGUUGAAUUUGGUGGCGAAAAUUCAUAACCGUCUUUAUGAUGUCAUUAAGAUAGUUGAUAGCAAUCAUUUGGAUUCCGAGGUGUCAGAGUCAUUGUUUCUCCCCCAACAAACGGAAGUGGAGGAGAAUAUACGUGCUUCUUUAGCCGGGAUGGAAUCAAUUUAUGAGGUGAGUAGAAUUGUUGCUGAAAAAACAAGGGAUUUGGUAGAGGAGAAGAAUCACGAAGAGAAGAAUUUGAAUGAAACAGUGGGUAUAUUAGUGAAGGAGAAAGAACAUAUCGGUUCUUUACUUAGGAGUGCCUUGUCGAAGAGGAUUGAAUUACACCCAUCCUCCAAAACAAGUGAGUUGUUUCAAGUUGCUGAAAAUGGUUUAAGAGAGGCUGGGAUAGAUUUCAAAUUCAGUAAGGUGGUUGGGGAUGGUAAGGUAUCUUAUGAUAAAGGCGGCUUGCCGGACACAGAGAGUGAUGAAAUAUAUACUCUGGCUGGUGCUUUGGAGAAUAUCGUCAAGGCAUCUCAGCUUGAGAUCAUUGAGCUGCAGCAUUCUGUGGAGGAACUAAGGGCAGAGUCAAGUUUACUUCAAGAGGAUGUAGAGGUUCAAGCGAAGGAACUGAGCAAUAGAAUGCGCAGGGUAGAAGAGCUUGAAGAGAAGGAGAGAGUGGCAAAUGAAAGCGUUGAAGGACUUAUGAUGGACAUUGCUGCUGCAGAAGAAGAAAUUACAAGGUGGAAAGUAGCAGCUGAGCAAGAGGCUGCUGCAGGCAGAGCUGUCGAACAAGAGUUUGCGGCUCAGUUGUCGGCAGUUAAGCAAGAACUUGAAGAGGCAAGGCAAGCCAUGUUAGAAUCAGAGAAGAAGUUAAAAUUCAAAGAAGAAACAGCAACUGCUGCCAUGGCAGCAAGAGAGGCUGCUGAGAAGUCAUUGAGUUUGGCAGACAUGAGGGCAUCUAGGCUGAGGGAUAGGAUAGAGGAGCUCAGCCACCAGCUGGAAGAGUUGGAAACUCGAGAAGAUUCGACGGGACGAAAUCGGCCUAGAUAUGUAUGUUGGCCUUGGCAAUGGCUUGGGCUGGACUUUGUAGGCCAUCACAGACCUGAGACACAACAACAGGGUUCGAAUGAAAUGGAGCUUUCUGAACCCUUCUUAUGAUCGUCUCCUUUAUUUUUCUUUUUUGUGUAUGUAUCAUGAACUUUCAUGAUCUUAGAAAUGGUAGCUAAUCCACCUUCAUUCUUCAAGCUAGCUUUUUUUCUUCUUUUGUUUGUUUCUUCAUACAAUGAUGAAGAUUUGCACUAGUGCCUCUUUGUUGUAUACGACUCUGAUGACCUACUUCUCACUGUUCAAGAUUAUGAUGAUGUGCUUCACAGUCAAGAUGGAGCAGUUUCUUGUCGUA